AACAAAAAUUGAUAAUUAGAAAAAAGUUGACUUAGAACUUCUGCUGAUGACAAACGCACGCAGUUAGCUCGAACUUCAGACUGCGAAACAGUCCCCGAGUUGAACAAAGCUUUUCACAAGCGAGUAUGUGCAUUCGUAACGAAUCUAACUACAACAACGUCAUGGAGUUCAUAGCGGAAACGCAAAGGCGCUCCCGAACUGAAGAGUGUUUUAGUAAGGUUUUAGAGUACAAUCGCUUAGGCAUUGGUGCAUGCUAUUCCAAAUUCUAAAAUUCUAUGCGUCGCGUGUCAAUAUUAUUGUGCAAAUUGCUUGGAAUGCAACCAAAACUGCGUGUAAAAACGCGCUUUCAAGGGACGUGAUUGAAGACUUCAUUAGAUGGAGCGGAUAAAGAUUAAGUGGGAAUCAAGUGAAAUUUAACUAUCCCUAAGGAUACUUGUAAAAAGUAUAACGUUUACAUGUUAUGGAUCUAUGAACUUGCACACAUACCGGACAUAUAUGCAAUCAUGCACUCGCUGUAGCCAAUGAUAAUGAUAUUCUAAUUAAUGAUAAUACUUUUUAAAGAAAAUGUAAAGCUUGCAUUCGAUUCGUUUUAAAACAAAGGAAGCAAUAAGUCAACCUUUUUAUACGCAACUAGCGCUCGACGGGGAACGUUGUGUGCAGCACGGAUUUGAUUAAAGUGAAACAAUGUUGAGCCGACUUUACGAUUUACUCACAAGGCCCACUGAAGUUGUGGAAGUCUAUGGCUUACUGCCAUUUCAUGGCGCUAUGUGGCCCCUUGUAAUUGUGAACGUCUUCUUUGUCGUUUUCGCCUUCCGCCUUGGACCCUGGCUGAUGCGCAACCGCGAGCCUUUCAAUCUCAAGCGCGUACUUAUGGUCUACAAUGUAUUUCAAAUUAUAUACAACGGCAUAAUGGUGGUUCUAAGUGUCAUCUUGCUAUCGCAUUAUGUGGCGUCGGGUGGACUAGCCUGCAUCCGGCCGAUGAGCAUGGAUCACCCGGCGAAAAAAUUUGAAAUAUUCUGCGCUCUAUUGUACAUCAGCAACAAGUUUAUCGAUUAUUUGGAGACGCUGUUCUUCAUACUGCGCAAAAGCUACAAGCAAGUAACGGUCCUGCACGUCUACCAUCACAUAAUGAUGACGACCUUCAUAUACAUGCACAUCAUUUUGCGUGGCGUCGGCGGUCAGGGAAGCACAAUUGGCAUGCUCAACGCACUCGUCCACGUCGUCAUGUACGUGUAUUAUCUGCUGAGCUCCAUCGAUACGGAACUGAAGAAGUCGCUGUGGUGGAAAAAGUACAUUACACAAUUGCAGCUGGUACAAUUCGCCAUUGACUUCGUCCAUCAGAUUUGGCCACUGGUGGUGGCGCGCGACUGUCCCGUAUCUACAGUUUGGCAAAUCAUUGCGGUGACACAGGCCGUGGUUAUGAUGUGGAUGUUCGGCAACUUCUACCUUAAGACCUAUAUUAGGAAGCCGAAGGACAAGAAGCUGACUGGAAAGCAAUCGUGAGCACGAUCUCCCAACUGGGCCGAACUCAGAUGUUGGUUUACCGACAGCCCAAUGCCUUGUAAUUAUUGGAUUUUUUUUUGUGAUAUUGCAAUAAGUUAUAAUUUUUAAAAGUAAAUAUGAAAGUUUUUUUGAAAA